AUUGUUUUGAACUCUUGGUGGAGUCGCCCACCUACCACUGGAGGUCAUCAUAUCUUCCAUUCUUCCUUAGUUCUCAGUAGUAGUUUGGUUGGACUUGCGUAACUUCACUUCAAAGCCAUCAACCACCCUCUAUCUUCUUUUUAUAUAUUAUAUCAAGACAAGAAGAUCAGCAGUGAUAUUUUACAUACAAAGAAAUGGCAAGAAAGAAGAUCAGAGAGUAUGAUUCCAAGAGGCUUAUUAAAGAACACUUGAAGAGACUUGCUGGUAUUGAUCUUCAGAUCUGCUCUGCUCAGGUAACUGAAUCUACAGACUUCACUGAUUUAACAAACAAAGAGCCAUGGCUUUCAUCCUCAAAGUUGGUUGUGAAACCUGAUAUGUUGUUUGGGAAACGUGGAAAGAGUGGUUUGGUAGCUCUAAACUUAGAUUUGGCUCAAGUUGCUGAAUUUGUGAAAGGCCGCCUUGGUGUAGAGGUUGAGAUGGGUGGUUGCAAGGCACCAAUAACAACAUUUAUUGUCGAGCCGUUUAUUCCUCAUGACCAAGAAUAUUAUCUUAACAUAGUGUCUGAAAGGCUUGGUUGUAGUAUCAGCUUUUCAGAAUGCGGUGGUAUUGAUAUCGAAGAGAACUGGGACAAGGUCAAGACAAUAUUCCUUCCAACCGAAAAACCCAUGACUCAGGAGGUUUGUGCUCCGUUGAUUGCGACACUUCCUUUGGAGGUUCGAGCAAAGAUUGGUGAUUUCAUUUUGGCUGUGUUUUCCGUGUUUACAGAUCUGGAUUUCACCUUCCUUGAGAUGAAUCCAUUUACGCUCGUUAAUGGGGAACCAUACCCCUUGGAUAUGCGUGGAGAGUUGGAUGAUACAGCUACUUUUAAGAACUUUAAGAAGUGGGGCAAGAUCGAAUUUCCUCUACCUUUCGGAAGAGUCCUGAGUCCAACUGAGAGCUUUAUUCUCUCCUUGGAUGAGAAAACUAGUGCUUCUCUGAAAUUCACUGUAUUAAACCCAAAAGGACGGAUAUGGACGAUGGUUGCUGGAGGUGGUGCAAGUGUAAUAUAUGCCGAUACCGUUGGAGAUUUAGGUUAUGCAACAGAACUUGGCAACUAUGCUGAGUACAGUGGAGCUCCUAAUGAGGAAGAGGUGCUGCAAUAUGCCAGAGUUGUGAUUGAUUGUGCCACUGCGGACCCCGAUGGUCGUAAAAGAGCUCUUCUUAUCGGAGGAGGUAUUGCUAAUUUUACUGAUGUUGCUGCCACCUUCAAUGGAAUUAUCCGAGCCCUUAGGGAAAAGGAAUCUAAACUCAAAGCAUCAAGGAUGCAUAUCUAUGUCCGAAGAGGUGGUCCGAAUUACCAGACUGGUCUGGCAAAGAUGCGUGCUCUUGGAGAGGAACUUGAAAUUCCCCUUGAGGUUUAUGGCCCCGAAGCUACAAUGACUGGAAUUUGUAAACAAGCAAUCGAAUGUGUUAUGGCAGCAGCAUAGUCAUCCAUUUGAUCCUGGCCUCAGUUAAAAAGAAAUAUUAAUCAUGCCCUUCUGCCUCAGUACAAGCCAGCACAUCGUUUUCAAAAACCAAUGUAUUUUGCAUUUCGCUCUUGAGUUUAUGGGAUUCACCAUUAAAGCUGUCGUUUUGUAAUUCAUGGAACAAUUUUUCCACCUUAUAAAGGCAUGCCUGUUGUUCAAACAAAUUGUUACUGUUCAUAAAAUUCUUGAAUUUCAUUC